AAACCAAAAACCUUUUCAAAGUAAUUCAAGAUUAUUUGUAUACAUACAUAUGAACAUAUGUAUGUGCAUAGUUAAUUCCUGAACGAUUUGAUGCCGUGUUGUACUGCUGCCUUUUGCCAAAGUUUAAACAUUGCUGAAAUGCAUCGGCCUGGGACACAUACUUCGGUUAGCUUUGUCUUAAACAAUGCACUGCCGGAGCGUCACGUUGGCUUUCCGUGCCGCCAGUGCCAGAUGGUCGAAUAUCCGGGACAGCGCUACACGUGCUUCUCCUGCCAGGACUAUCAUCUGUGCGAGACUUGCUUCACUUGCAAUAACAGGCCUGCAUCGCCGAAUCACAAAUAUUAUCACAUUUGGAAGAUUUUCUACACCCGCACCUCGAUCAUUCCGUUCCUUUCGCCAUCCUUCAAGUGCGCCCUUUGCCAGAUGCAGUGCGUCAGCGUACAGGCACUGUACAUGCAUCUGCUGGAGAAGCACCGAGACCAUGCCGACUACAGGGACUACGAGCGGGAGGCCUAUUCGUUCUACGUUGUCGACUACGCGUCGAAGAAUCCGGGUCUUCCUCCUCCGAUCGACACUGUGGACAUUGAAGGUUCAAUCGUUUUACCAGCGCCUGCACCAUUCAGGAGCACACAGCCCGCCCCAAGAGCUGGGGGAAUCCCAACCGAAAACCGAGUACCAAUUAUUCAGCUUGAGAUAUCUCAAGCCAGUGGGUCACCAGAAGCAGCUCCUAUAAGCGUUUUUAACCGUCAAACAGCCAGUGACACUGCCACCAACAACAGGAUUGACAUUGCUACCAUGGAGCAUGUGAUACGUGCGCUGCAACGUGUGAUGAAUCGGAUGCAAGAUCUCGACUUAAACAGCGUGUCAUUCGAGGAGCGUUGCGCAGAUCUAUUGACGCGGGCACGCGCCCUACGCAAUCAAUUUGACACCCUAAAGCGCAACAACUCAGCCCAGAGUAGCGUCACAUCCAGUGUCCGACAAAUGUGCCGCAUGAUCGAGCAUCAGGCGGUCGGCCUCCAACGAUUGCAUCAGCAGCGUCAUGGAGCAAGUACCGCUCCAUCGCUCUCAAAUAGCAACCCAAGCCUAGGAAAUGUGUUUGAUGAGGUGAUCGCAGCUAGGCGGCAACAGGCUGUACCACCAAGGCGUGCUCCCACCCGUCGAGCCGCCACAAUGCCGCCGGCUCCGCUAGAGCAGGCGAUACCACCACCGCAGGAAUCAAAUGGAAACUCCUCGUACACUUAUUAUAAUCGUAGUCGAAAUUUGGCACGACGCCACAAUGGCCUCCAAAUGGCACGCUCCCAGACACUCAACCGAUUGUCCGGCUCACGCCUCGAUUUUCCAGAACCUCAAUAUCGUCAGGCUGUUGUGCCACCAGUCAUGGUGGGGGCAUUAAAAACAAGCAACACCAUUACAGAGCUGGUUACCGAUCAGCAUCCUGCCAAGCCGAAGGUAAUCAAGACUCCCAAGGAUAAGCUGGAGCUCACCGAUGCCCGCUUUUGCUGCUCAAAGCUUAAGGACGCUUUCGAAAAGAUGCCCGAAGCUAUUGAACGCGAAAGAAAGGUGUCCAAGGCACGUUUCGUCGAUGCUAUAAUGUGCUCUAUGCUCUCGGAGAAGAAUCUCGAACCACUGCCACAGGACUUGAUGUCGGAUAUGGGCUCCAAUCAGACACCACACAAAGGCACAACCACAGCCGAGGAGCGGCUCAUCCCAGUGUCCCAGAAUGUCACUCAAGCACGUGAGACGGGCACGGAUGCCAUGACAAAGUUUUACAAAGGUCUCUGUGAUUAUAGCAACUGGUGUGGCCGUUUAACCCAGAAAAUGGAAGCACAGAAAGCAUCCAAAGAGAAUGAACCAAAGAAAGUGUCCCAGGAUGCAGAAGCACAGGCAGCAUCCACAAAUAGACAUCUGGAGAACAUAUUGCAGAUGAAUUCAUCGGGCCAUUAUGGUCAGGAUGGAGACAUCCUCGGUGCUGGGAUAAACAACCAGAAUCCAAUAGCUUUUAUUGAUAGCAACGAUGGCGAUGACGACGAAAGCAAUGACGAGGAUAGCAACGAUAGCAAGGCUGGCACUGAUUUUGCAAACGACGACACUAAUACUGGUGCCGCCAAUAACAACAAUAUUGAUGCGAAUAACAGUGAACACAUGGCUCCAUCAUAUCACAUUGAUAUUUUCAACACUCUGAAUGACAAUGCUGCACCAGAGGAAAUUAAUCAGCAGCCGGCUGUAGCAGCUGUGGCAGUAUCAGCUGCAGAUGUGGCAGAAAGAAUGGCAGCCCUCAUGGAGCAUGCUGAGCCAUACAAUGUCCAAGUAUCUGAUAGCGAAGCAUCUGAUGAUGAACCCGAUGAAUUCGACGACUAUGAUGAUGAUGACUUCGAUGAUGAUUAUGAUUAUUGA